GUAAAUAAAGGAAGAGGCAGGGACUGAAUUUCGAUUGAAAUUCCUCUUUUUUGAAGUUCCGUUUUCAUUUAAACUGCCUCUUUCCUUUAAUCUGGUCAGUCACAGCGAAGACAGGAUGAAAUAAAGUAUAACGAACCCGUUUAUGAUAACACUGACCAUAUUUCUGAGAACGAGGCUCGUUAGUGGAUUUCAUGUUAUUGUUAAGGAGGGACUGACUGACUCUUCAGCUGCGGCUUCUGUUGGUCUGUCUCUGUUUGUUUGUUUCUUUCUUUCUUUCUUGCAGGAUUUUCUUUCUGAAUCUCUUUAACAUCGUCUCUAAAUCAAGUUAACUGAGUGUUAUCAGUACAAAACGGGCCACUAUGUCCACGACGACGCUGGAAAAGAGCCAGAAUUUCUCUCGCAAUAACGUGACAAAGCUGGAUCGUCUGAACGUCCGGGUUAGCAAGCUGCUCACGGUGGCGGUGCAUGAGGUCCUCGAAGUGGUGAGAGAGACGGUGUCGGAAUAUCAGGACAAGACGGCGCGGACGCAGAGGGAGAACGAAAGGCUGCGGCUGAAGUUGCGAGACGCACUGGAGCAGCUGGAGAGAGAGAGAGAAGCGUCAAGACUUGCCUCCGUCUCCUUGUCGGUCAAUAGCUUGUCCACUCAGACUCAGCCGACACCUGGCUCAGAUGUUUCCUGUUUGAGGCAAGAGUCCUCCUCUGCUCAGCCUGAGGAUCCAGUUGUUAAAGGAGAAGAGCUCGGUCAUGCUGCAGAGGCAGAGACGGUUUGUGACCUGAGAGUGGCGCUAACGUUAGCCGAUAUGUGUACGUCAGAAGCAGAGCAUGACAGCAGUACAGAUCUGACCGAAACACAACAGAGUGCGCGAGCUUCAGAUUGCUUGCCUGCGCACCAGGCCCCAGGCAUAGCUGUACAGGACAUUAAAACUGAAUCUGCUGCUGGGGAACACUCUUCCCCACAACAGAUGUCCCAGGUUGGGUUUGAUGAUGUUGCUGAGGACCUUAGUGACCCAGCAGCAGGACAUGAUCUCAGUGGUACAAGCUCCUAUGGCAUUGUAUUUGUCCAGUCAGACCUCAGUACAGCUGGAAGAUGCGGGAUGACUGAAAGGAGCACAAAAUUAGCCACGGAAAGGUCCAAGAACCUGCAGGGACCACGGGGCGUGGAGAACCAUGGUUGCAAGGUGUGCGGGAAGACGUUCAGUCGUGUGGGGAACCUCCGGAUUCACGAGCGGUGUCACACCGGAGAAAAACCGUACUGCUGUCAUGUGUGCGGCCGCUGCUUCAUCCAGGCCGGAGACCUAAAGAAGCACAAGAGAGUUCAUACCGGAGAGAAGCCCUACUACUGCCUCCAGUGCGGCAAAAGCUUUAGCCGGAGGGAGAACCUUAAACGUCAUCAGAAGAUCCACAUAGGACAGAGUUUACAUCAUCAGCGGUUAUGGAAGGGCCCUCAGUAGGGCUGGGCGAUGAGGCCAGAAUAUCACGUCAUAAUAUUACUCAAAUUAUUGCUGGCGUUACGGUAUUUGACUAUUUCAUUUCACAGUGCAGCUUACAUGAGAAACCUAUCGCUCACUGAUCAGUCGAGAACAAAUCGCCACACUGUACACGCCUGUUACGUCACUUUUUAGGAGGAGUGGUGGGUGUUAUGAAAAUGUUUGCAUAAUGUGUAGAUUGCAGAUUCUUUUAUACUUUUGCUAUGAGUAACUAUUAAUAUGUAACAGAAAAAUACCCCCAGUUAAAGUAUUGCAAAAAUCAGUCUGCGCAUGAAUCAAUAUCUAUUUUACCCAAAAAUAUGGGAUUAUGCUUAACCCUAAUCCUCAGGGAUUAUCCACUUGAAGUGACAUUAAGGCAUUUUUACAUGUCCUGGUUUGAUCCAAAAUGUCAGUACCAGAGCAGGCACAGGCAUACAUUAACAAAUGAAAUGGCUCGGCAUUGGCUAUAUUAAAGAUGAAUUCCAAA